UAUCAUGACAGCAAUCACCAACACCCGUGAGUACUGCCAAUCAGAUAUUAUAUGUGUAAGUUGUUAUUGUUCAUCACACUGUCGCUUCGUUUAUGUCUCCGAUUAAUCCAAUCGGUAGCUUCUUGAAAAUUAAAUUGAUUGCAGGCCCAAUCAUUGGCGUUGGGUUUAUAUAAAACCCAAAGCUAGCGACAAAAGUUCACGUAUAAGUUCUAAGCAAUUAGAGGACUUCACACAGUCAAAAUGAAUUUUCUUUCAAACGCAAGCUUUUUGCUUCAGACCAAUAUCUCAAGCAUUACAAACUCUUCGAAAAAUGCGACGACGACUUGGGAAAACUCUGUCGAUGAAUAUUGUCUUCCGGAAACAUUUGUAACGCUUGUUUUAUUAACUUACCUAGUAUUUUUUGUGCUCUCAGUCCUGGGAAAUGGCACCGUCUGCAUUGCUAUAGGUCUCCGGUUCCUUAAACCAACAGUGACAAAUUUCUUUAUGGGAAGCUUAGCUGCAUGCGAUGUUUUGAUAUCAUUUAUCAUCCCUUUUACAGUUCUCAGUAACCUUGUUUUUAUGUAUUGGCCGUUCGGGGCCUUUCUGUGUCCAUCCAUCUCUCUCGUCCAACUAAUGACAACAUUGCUAAGGGCUUUGACAUUAGUUGCAAUGACUUGCGAUAGAUAUUACGUCCUAUCAAGGCCAUUCAAAGGGCGUCUCCUUGCAAAGCAAGCAAAACUUGUCAUUGUUGGGAUCUGGAUAUUUUCGUUCAUAGUUUGCCUUCCCUCUGGUAUCUUCUCGGAGAUCAUUUAUUUACCACACGAGCCGGGAUCGAGCGGUCUGUGUGUGGAGGUUUGGCCCCAGGACACAUUACGUCACAUCUAUGGAGUCGUCAUCAUGGUGAUGCAGUAUUUCGUGCCCCUGGUCCUGAUGCUUGCAACCUACUCACACAUUGCAGUUAUUGUGUGGAGGAAGAAAACCCCGGGGGAGGCCAACAGGAAACGCGAUCAGAGGCGGGCAAGGUCCAAAAAGAAGAUGCUCUCAAUGCUGAUCAUGGUUGUGUUAAACUACCUCUUUUCCUGGCUUCCGUAUCACGUGAUUACUCUUAUUGGUGACGUCAAUCCCACCAUUUACGACUCCAAGGCCGUGCACAUGCUUUGGGUAGUUGCGCAUCUUCUCUCCUUUAGCAACGGUGGCACAAAUGUCAUCAUCUACUAUUGGAGGAACAGGAAUUACCGCAUGGCCUUUAAAAGCCUCAAGGAAAUGUUGAUAAAACACUUCUCAAAGACACACGACAAACACGUAAGAGUCACGCGUGGUCGAAAACCCAGUGCCCCUCUACAAAAUUCACACCUUACUUCAACGGGAUCAAUGACUUGAGGUUGUUUUGUAGACAAAAAGACACAGUAAUAUUGAUAAUAUUAGAAUAAACCUAGUUCCGGUACAAUCACAUUUUUUGUUGGUUACGUUUUCUGUAUUCUAUAAAUCGACGUACCUCUUCAAAGUAAAGUGUUUCAAUUAAG